CUGAACCCCCAGAAUAUGAUGCCGCAUCUUGGAAACUCUAUGGCCCCCGGUCAGGACAAGCCUCUGCCCACUGAGCGAACGGCAUCCAUUAUCCCCAAAGCCGACGAGACCGGCAAGACCUGGGCUUAUCCAUCGCCCCAGCAAUUUUACAAUGCCCUGAAUCGCAAGGGCUGGGAGACCCCCGUGGAUGCGGUCCCGAUGAUGGUCGACAUCCACAACUUCCUCAACGACGCCUGCUGGGAGGAGAUCAUGAAGUGGGAGCGCGAAUACCACUGCGACUGCAAGGAUGUCAAGCUCGCGCGGUUCAUGGGCCGGCCCCACGACCUGAGCCCGAAAGCCCGCAUCUACGGCUUCUUUGGUGCCGAGAAGCCCUUUGAUCGCCACGACUGGGUUGUGGACCGCUGUGGCAAGGAGGUGCGAUAUGUGAUCGACUACUACGGCGGCUAUCCCGAAGGCGACAAUCCCGUCUUCCACGUCGACGUCCGGCCUGCUCUCGACUCGCCUUCGGCAUUUUUCGACCGA